AUGCGAUCGUCAGUCAAAAUCACCGGUAGACAGUUGGCGUCAAGGCUGCUGUCAAUAUUUCUGGAUGCAAAUGAAAAGAAAGAAAGGAAAAGAAUCGUUCUGGAGUUGUGUCAGAUGUCAUUUGAGUUACGAGAGCAGUUCAAGAAUGAGGAUGUGAUCGAGAGGUUGAUGGAGCUGGGUGAGGGGCUGACUGAGGAUAUGGUCAAGUUGCUGUCUUCAUACACACUCGAUGUAUACGGUCGUACAGCAUUGAUGGAGAAGGGUGCUCUCGAUAUCCUCAUCAACAAAUUCAGUCAGUCUGAUUCACGACAACAAAGGGCCGUUAUCGUGAAUGCGUUUAGGCAUUUCAUCUACUGUUCAGCGGGAUCGGCGUAUUUGUGUCAAAGUAAAGUAUACGUGGAUACAGUCGUCAGACAUAUUAUCGAAUACCUGGAUAAAUAUAAACAUCAGUGUGAUCAGCACGUAAUCACUUUUUAA